AUGUUUUUAAAAUACUUUGGUAGUAGAUUUUCACACUUCUUACUGUUUAAAAGAACCAGUCAUUCUGGUAUAAGUUUAGCAACAAGAAUAUCUGAAUUAGUCAACAGAACAACACCUCAAACUAUUUAUUCUUAUACUCCCAAACCCAUUGUGAAAAUUGGAUCCUGGUCAAUAUCUGCAGUUUUUUUAUUGUACAGUUUGACUUUUGCUGAUUGGUCUUUUGAAAGUACCAAAACCAUUCUGGAAGAGAAUGCUGAAACUGGCGAAAAGGAGAAACCAGUCAAAAGUGGCCAAUUAGAAAAGGAUCAUCCCUUUAAAAUUAUAUUAAGCAAAUGGUUUUAUGAUCCCGUUACACAAUACUAUUUAUAUUCAAUUGGUGUUGGUGUUUUAAGUGUUAUUCCCAUUAUUAUUAGUUUAGGUGCACUAUAUCUACCAAGUAGAAUGGUUACUGGUAUAAAAUUUAACCCAACCAAUAACAUGAUUAAUAUUACCACAUUGUACAAAAGACAACAUAAUCUAAACAUCAGAGAUUGCAUUUUGAAGGGGAAGUUAUACACUGGCAAAGGUUCACAAGGUUGUGAUGAUAAUGGCUCUUUUGCAGUUUUUUUAAUUGAUGACAAUAAGUAUCAGAUCAGUAACAAUAUAAAAAAAAAGAAAAGGUGGUGGAGCAAAAUGUUUAUUUUAUCACGUAGUGGUACAUUUAUUUAUGACGAUUGUAGAAUCCUGGAUGUUAUCACUAGUCGUCAAGAUAUUUUGAAAGAAGCAGAAAGAUUAUCUUCCACUACUAUUAAUGAUAACGAAGGUAUUGAUCUAGCAAAACAACAAAAGCAGAAUGAACAACCAAAUUUAAGAAAACUUAAAAUGGAACAUCAAAAUAUUGAUAAGAUCAAAUCAGCAUUAUUUAAAAAAUAA